AUUCGCACACGUUGAUUGCGAUGUUCCGAAAAAAUAUCAGUAUAAUUGAUAUCUCUACCUUUUUAUCAAUUGUGAUAUCGGCAAAGAUCGUUGAAGCGAUAAGUAUCACCAAUCAGUACGCGGAAACGAUUCCAUCAGCCCCAACGACUGAUUACUUUGACAUUACCCAGGAUGACUUCACGAUGGAGUCUACAACCGACCUUCCGAACGGAACCGAACAAGUCCCGACAACACGAGCGCUGAAUUGUACCGAAUGCAAGUGCGGCAACGCCGAACCCCUAGAGAAAAUCAUCGGCGGAAGCAUGGCCAAGGAAAACACCUACCCCUGGAUGGCGGCACUGUACUACAACAACCGUUUCACGUGCGGUGGUUCACUCGUCACCGAUCGUUACAUUCUUACCGCAGCACACUGCGUCGUUCGGCUCAGUCCGGCCCGAUUUCGCGUCCAGCUGUUGGUUCACAACCGUACCCAGCCUACUACGAACUCGGUCGAACGUAGCGUGAAAUCGAUCAAAACAUUUUUCUUCAACAGUCUCUCCAACAACAACGAUAUCGGACUGCUGGAGUUAACGUUUCCGGUUACGAUAAGCAGCGAUCGGUUGGUACCGAUCUGUUUACCCCAAGCGAAUGACAGUGUUUACGAAGGCAAGACGGCGGUGGUAACCGGUUGGGGCAAAACGGCCCUCGGUGGUCUAUCGGAUACGCUGCAAGAGCUACAGGUGCCCAUUCUAACGAAUGGGAAUUGUCGCCGAUCGGGUUAUUGGGCGUUUCGGAUUACAAAUAAAAUGAUCUGUGCUGGAUUUAUCGAAGGAGGAAGGGAUUCCUGUCAGGGUGACAGUGGUGGACCGCUGCAAGUGUUCAACAACGAAACCCGUCGUUACGAGCUGGUAGGUAUCGUUUCGUGGGGACGUGCUUGUGCCCAAAAGAAUUUCCCCGGUGUGUACACUAGAGUUAGCCGGUUUCUGCGCUGGAUUAAUAACAACGUCAAGGAUUCGUGUGUAUGCAACUGAUUGUACGGUUCUUAAAAUCAAGUAAGGUCACUUUAUUUCUCAAUUUAUUGUACGUUUACAACUGAUAAAAUACAGCUCUGAUAAUACGAAAACAAUGUUGUUUA